CCUUCCUGUUGGAAGUCCGAGUCUUUCCCAUUCCCGUGUGAAGUCAAAUCUGUCUUCACUUCCAUUUUCUAUUCUGAAGGAUGGACCUAUGUCCCCCUUCCCAUGUCUGAAUACAAACCCUAGAUUCUUGAUCUCCAAUACGAUGUCGCUUCCUUUCCAAUCUCUUUCACUCACUUCACCUUCACCUUCGUCUUCAACCUUCUGCUUUUCCACUUUCCUUUCUAGAAAUCCCUGCGUGUCUCUUCCAUUCCCCCCUAGCCGUUUCCCCAACACCCUGCAUUUCCAAAUUCUUGACUACAAGUUUCGAAGCCCUUUUAAUUUUGGUUCCAUCAAUGCCCAUCACUUCUGUCCUCGAGUUUCUACUUCUGGAGGAGUAGGUCGGAGACCCGGUGGUGUUGCUGAUUUCGAUAUCGAUUCUUUACUUUCAGCUACCGAGUUCUUUUGCCUUGUUGCGUCGUUGAUCGGUUCUGUUGGUUUUGCUUUGAAUUGCGCGAAAACAAGGUCUAAGAGCCUGUUCUUGGCGGUGUUUGGUGAUGGGGUUCUCGUUGGCACGAUUUUAUUUCUGGUGGCUGGGGUUGCGAUUGGUGCUUGGAUUCGUAGGCGGCAGUGGAAUCGAGUUUUUCGAGAGACAGCGAAGGGCGUGUUAGAGGUGAAUUUGAUGGAAAAGACUAACAAGCUUGAGGAGGAUUUGAGGAGCUCGGCAACGCUAAUUCGAGUUUUGUCGAGGCAGCUGGAGAAGUUAGGGAUUAGGUUUAGAGUUACUCGAAAGGCUCUGAAGAAGCCCGUUGAGGAGACUGCAGCUUUAGCUCAAAAGACUUCCGAGGCCACUCGAGCAUUAGCAGUUCGGGGAGAUAUUUUGGAGAAGGAGCUUGCUGAAAUCCAGAAGGUUUUACUAGCUAUGCAGGAACAACAACAAAAGCAACUCGACUUGAUUCUAGCAAUAGGAAAUUCAGGAAAGAUGUGGGAAAGCAGACAGGAGCAUAGUGGAGGACAAAGUCAUGUUGGGAGGCAUGAUCUGAUUGAUGAACGCUUAAAUCAAAAAGAAGUCCAGGACGUUUAAGCUGUUUGAAGAAGCGAAUGGAUAUAGCUUAGGAUUCAUGUUGGGAGGCAUGAUCUGAUUGAUGAACACUUAAAUGGAAAGGAAGUCCAGGACGUUUGAGCUGUUUGAAGAAGCGAAUGAAUGAUAGCUUAGGAUUCUUUUGUUACAAAAUAGGAUGGUAGAUGUUGCACAACGACAGAAUAGAAGAACGUGAUGUAAUUUUGUGGCAGUUUAAACUUUGGCACUUAUCAUGCUUGAUACUUCUUGUCAGAAAAGAUUUUGGGCUUGCAUUAUGUGCAAUUUAACGGUACAUGAACGUUGCAUCGAGAGAAAGUGUAAAGCGGCAGGUGAAUUGUAAUGGGAGAAAUGUAUUUGUUAUGAUCAUUGGGUUAACGUAAUAAACAUUCUGCUUAACCAUUUUAAUUUUGA